UUCCUUUUUUAGAUUUUAGUUUAUCUUGUGUUGAUAAUUCUGGAGAAAGAUUUCCGAAUUUGCGCCUUUAAAGUUUAAACAACGUGAUAUUUUUGAAUCACGUUUUAACCAAAUUUAAAGAAUUUUUCCAUAUAUAUUUUAUUUAUUCUUUGUGGCAAACAUCGUUUUCCGUCGCAGUUGUCAGCGUUCUGUGUAUGGGGAUAUAUCAUAAACAAGAUAAUGGAGGUUUCUGAUGCCAAUCUGCAGACCUUGGCAGGAUAUUUACAACAAACACUCUCUCCAGACCUCUCCCUUAGAAAGCAAGCUGAACAGUUUCUGGAAUCUGUAGAGGCAAAUCAAAACUAUGGCCUUCUUCUUUUGACACUCCUGGACAGAGAUGGGGUAGAGCCUCACCUUCGUGUUAGCUCCGCAGUCACUUUCAAAAAUUUCAUCAGACGCAAUUGGAGAGUGAUUGAUACAGACAAGAUCCAUGACAAUGACCGCAACACAAUUAAACAACAAAUUGUCGGUCUGAUGUUAAAGAGUCCGGAACAAAUUCAGAAACAGUUAAGUGAUGCUAUCAGCAUAAUAGGGAGGGAAGACUUCCCAGACAAAUGGCCGAACCUCAUUACAGAGAUGGUAGAGAAAUUCCAGACUGGUGACUUCUAUGUCAUAAAUGGAAUUCUACACACAGCACAUUCCUUGUUUAAAAGAUAUCGACAUGAGUUUAAAUCCCAGAAACUUUGGGAAGAAAUCAAAUUUGUUUUGGAAAAUUUUGCCAAGGCAUUUACGGAGCUCUUCAAUGCAACAAUGGACUUAGCUACAAAACAUGCAUCUGACCCAAGUGCACUCAAGGUCAUCUUCAGUUCCAUAGUUCUAAUUUGCAAAAUUUUCUACAGUUUGAACUUUCAGGAUUUACCUGAGCAUUUUGAGGACAACAUGAGCAUCUGGAUGGCUCACUUUUUGGCGUUGCUGAGUGCAGACAAUAAACUUUUGCAGACACAAGAUGAAGAAGAGGCAGGGCUACUGGAACAGGUGAAAUCUCAGGUGUGUGACAAUGUGGCAUUGUACGCCCAGAAAUACGACGAGGAAUUCUCCCCUCAGUUGCCAGCAUUCGUCACCGCCAUCUGGAAUCUCCUGGUCUCGACAGGACUGCAGGUCAAAUAUGAUGCUCUGGUCAGCAAUGCCAUUCAAUUCCUGGCAUCUGUUGCUGAGCGUCCCUCUUAUAAACACCUGUUCGAAGAUCCAGCCACCCUGGCCAGUAUCUGUGAGAAAGUCAUAGUCCCUAAUAUGCAGUUCAGAAACGCUGAUGAGGAGCUGUUUGAGGACAACCCAGAGGAAUACAUUAGGCGGGACAUCGAAGGAUCAGAUGUGGACACCAGAAGAAGAGCUGCUUGUGACCUUGUCCAGGCCCUAUGUAAAUCGUUUGAGGGACCGGUCAUCCAGAACUUCUCUCAGUAUGUUCAGGGUCUCCUUCAGGAGUAUGCUGCUAAUCCCACUCAAAACUGGAAAGCUAAAGAUGUCGCCGUGUACUUAGUGACGUCAUUAGCAGCAAAAGCUCAAACAAUGAAGCAUGGCAUUACACAAACGAGUACCCUUGUCAACAUUACAGAUUUCUACCAAGCACAUAUUCUCCCUGACAUUCAGAAUUCUGACGUCACUGCUACUCCCAUAUUAAAAGCAGAUGCCAUCAAAUACUUAAUGAUAUUUAGGAAUCAGCUGCCUGCUGAUGCCUUGGUAGCCAGUGUCCCUAAUCUGGUUCAGCUCCUGAAGGUCCCCAGUAUCGUUGUCCAUUCUUAUGCCGCCCACACCGUAGAGAGAAUCUUCAUGGUUAGAAAGCCAGAUGGCAGUGGUCCGAUUGUCACACAUGAACAAAUUCAGGGUUGUGUUGGUGAUCUCAUGAACAGUCUAAUAGGGGCAAUGAACCAUCCAGGGUCAUCAGAGAACGAAUACAUCAUGAAAGCUGUAAUGAGAAGCAUGUCCACAUUGCAAGAGCAUUUGUUACCUCUGAUGGGACAACUUCUGAAAUUCCUCACAGAAAAACUUGGUCAAGUCAGCAAGAAUCCCAGCAAGCCACAUUUUAAUCACUACCUGUUCGAGUCCAUGUGUGUGGGGAUCAGAACAACCUGUAAAUACAGACCAGAGGCAAUUGUCCAGUUUGAACAAGUCCUGUUUGAACCAUUCACAUUUAUUCUACAGCAAGAUGUACAAGAGUUCUUACCUUACGUCUUUCAAAUCCUGUCUCUUUUGAUUGACAACCACCCUAAGGGUAAAGUGGCUGACACAUACAUGGCCCUGUUUCCCCACUUAAUGGCCCCUGCCUUGUGGGAAAGGCCUGGGAAUAUCCCCCCACUGGUUCGACUUCUACAGGCAUACAUAGAAAAAGGUGCCAAGCAAAUAGAAACGGACAAAAUUAAUGGAUUGUUGGGGAUAUUCCAGAAAUUGAUAGCUUCCAAGACCAAUGAUCAUGAAGGAUUUUAUUUAUUGAACUCCCUUUUGGAGCAUAUGCCCAGAGAGAUGAUAGAUGGGUACCACAAGCAAAUCUUUAUCCUUUUGUUCCAGAGAUUGUCCAGCUCCAAAACAACCAAAUAUAUCAAAAGUCUACUGGUGUUCUUCUCACUGUUUGCUACCAUUAUUGGAGCUAGUAGGUUGAUAGAGUUGAUUGAUGGAAUUCAGCCAAGGAUGUUUGGAAUGGUGCUGGAAAGACUCUAUCUUCAGGACAUGCAGAAAAUCUCGGGAGAUGUGGAGCAGAAGAUCUGUGCUGUAGGGGUGACCAACAUACUGACCGAGGCACCAGCCAUGCUGCACAGCUACGAGGCUUUCUGGUGUAAACUCCUCGAAGCUGUUGUCAGUCUUUUUGAGCUACCAAAGGAUGAAUCGACUCCAGAUGAUGAACAUUUUAUUGAAAUUGAAGACACUCCAGGCUAUCAAACAGUGUACUCCCAGUUGGCAUUUGCUGGGAAAAAAGAAAUCGACCCUUUUGCAAAAUUAGUACCUGAUGCCAAAGUUUACCUUGCUAAACAACUAGCUAAGCUUUCUGCAACAAGUCCUGGAAAGAUUGCACCCUUGAUAGGAAGGGGUCUAGAUGAACGGGCUCAAAGCUUUCUACAGAAAUACUUCACAGCUGCCAAUGUUUCCAUUGCAUGAUCACAUCGAAGUCUGCCACUAGAAAAACUGAGAAUGUACCGGGUAGUGAUCAUUUCAGACAUGUUGCUCUACUUGCAUUUCCAGUCCUUGUCUAACAGAUACAACUCUGUGUUCAGUGUUACACUCUGUACAAAACUCUGAAAUUGUGUCCAGACAUAAGUGAUGUAAAAGAGCAUGUUCUAUGUCAUCAGAAUUGUUGUUCAAAUAUAAUUUGACUUAUGGUAUGAUGAAAUUAAUAAAGUGCUUUGUUAUCCGUUAUGAAUCUGAAAAUAAAAUCUAGAUAUCUUGCACUUAA